UACUCCCCUCAACCCCACUACCCUUCUUCUUCCUCAUCAGUUAGAGAGGGAGGAAGAGGUUGAGAUGCAGCUUUUGUCUGUGAUAUCUCCCUGUACGGGUUUUAGUAAUGGUACCUGUUUGCUCUCAACAACAAAGGGACAUGCGAAGAAAGAAGCACAAAACCCAGUUCCUGAAAAGCAACAUCAAGAAACGUAUUUCAAGAGUUUGAUUCCACCUCUAAUGGCCGCACUUGUGGCCUUAUCUCCCAUCUGCAACACACCAGUUUCACAUGGACAAACCAUAGAUGUACAAAGAGGAGCUGCAUUGUUUCGUCGAGCUUGCAUUGGGUGUCAUGACGCAGGAGGAAAUAUAAUCCAACCAGGUGCAACGCUUUUUGCAAAAGAUCUUCAAAGAAAUGGUGUCGAAGGAGAAGAGGAGAUAUACCGUGUGACAUACUAUGGCAAGGGAAAAAUGCCAGGCUUUGGUGAGAAUUGCACGCCAAGGGGCCAAUGCACAUUUGGAGCCCGUUUGCUGGAUGAUGAGAUCAAGCUUUUGGCCAAGUUUGUCAAGUUACAGGCUGAUCAAGGGUGGCCAAAUAUAGAAAGUAGUGAUGAUUGACCCCAAGAACUAAAAGGGUGUAAGUAGUUCCUAAGCUGACUCAAAUCCUGCGGAGAAUGCUUCAGUCAUUAGCGUACAUCAUUGUCUCACAUUCAACUAAGUCAAUAUCUUCGUGCAUGGUUCAAUUAGCAUCAUUCAAAACUAAUGCUUCUUGGCAUGACACAGAAUCCUCCUUCUGUUGCUCCAUAUAUUCAUUACUUAGAUGCUUUAUUCAAUUAA